GUAUUAAUACUUAGCAGCAUAAAUAUAUAAUUGUGAAUAAGUUAUACAUGUAUAUAGUGUAAUUACUAUGCAAAAGGAUACUAUGUUGAAUAAAAAGCAUGCAGUAUAAAUCUUUUGUGGAAUGAAUGCAUCAAUGCUGACAUAGACAUUACAAAAAAAAUGUUUUGGAAUAAGUGAUUGCAUGUCGAAAACAUUAUCUGAUAUAAUAAUUCUAAAAAUCAGUAUAAAUAUUUGCAUCAGUGUAUUAUAAAAUGUAUUCCCUUAGUCCAUCCUUGGCUUGUGAUAUACAAUUAAAUAUUUGAUAACAAGUAUAAUCAAUUUGAUAUCAUGUGUAUUUCUUAUUUAGAAAUACACUGUACCUAGAAAUAUAUUAGCAAUUAAUUUGCCGCCUCUAUUGUCAUUGCCAUAUUUUAAAAGAAAAGCUUAUUUUCUUUCUUCUUAAAGACUAAGAAAUUAAAAGCUUUGCUGGGUCUGAUAUUUUAAAAACAUUUACGGAAGCAAAAAAUAUGUUCUACAUGUAUUACAUGUAAAAUAUGCUGUAUAUUUUUUUUGUUUGAGUGAUGAUCCAUAUGUUUCAGAUAAGAGAAAAUAAUCGUAUGUGCACAUUUAGUUAUAUAUUACAUCUUGUUUUAAACAUUUUAAAUAAUUUUAUAUCAUAUUUUACAGUAUGCCCGGAUGGAACUUAUGGAUCUGAAUGUAAAUCUGUUUGUAGUGAGGGCUGUCUCUCGGUGUGCGAUAAAAAGAACGGGACGUGCGAGAAAUGCAGAGAGGGAUACACAGGGGCAUUCUGUAUCGACGCUCAUGCAUUACAACGGCGGAUGACAUCAAUAGUUGAAGUGGCAGGAAUUACCACAAGUAUCGCCUGUUUCAGCAUACUGUUUGCACUUGUUUUGAAAAGGGAGAGGUUGGCUGCUAUGUGAAAUGAUUUCUAAUAUCGAACACCGGAAUGACAAGCUCCAACAUUUGAAGAAACUCCAUUUGAUUUUUUGAAUUCUGUUAAAACGCUUCUUCUGCAUCCCUUGUUUUGCAAUGCUUGCCCUUUGCAAAUAAUUAUUACCCCAACAUUUAAAGAAAGAAUGGCGAGUUAUACCAGAUGUUUUAUAUUUUAUUGUAUUGUAAUUUUUCUUGUGCAUGUAUACAUUGUAAAGUUCUAUAUUUUAUUGUAUUGUAAAUUUUCUUGUGUAUGUAUACAUUGUAAAGAUAGGAAUUAAAUUAUCGUAAUAUCUUACAGUACAGUAUAUGUAUUUUCUGUAUUGCUUAGCGUACAUUCAUAAUCUUUUUUGUAAUUACCCCUCAUAUUCUUUAAAUAUAAUAUAAAUUUGUGUGUAUAUGCUUGUGUUAAUAUGGAAAUACAAUUCAUUUAAAAAAAAAUUAGUAAACUUUUUGGGUUGUAAGUGGUAUAUAUUUUUGGAGGUAGGAAUAAUAAUUACCUACAUCUUUCCAGCCUUUUUAAACACCUUGUCUUAAUUAUUGUAAAAUUGAAGAAUUUAUUUUUUUAUAAAUUGAAAUUUUAACGGGGUCGAUACAAACAAUUAUAAUUUUUUUUAAUUUGUAAAUGUUCCAUGGAUGUUACUCAUUUCCAUCGAUUAUUUUUCUAAUUGAUGAAAAAAUACUUGAUUUCUCCAUGUAUUUAACUAUAUUUGUUUCUUAUCAUGAAUGUAAAAAAUUGCACAUUAAAGCUUGUUUUCUGCUA